GAAUUUUAAUAAUGUGAGUGUUAUAUCGCGUAGACACAACACAGUAUUCAAGUUGGCUUAUAUAAAUAUUGGUAAGAGGAAUGCCAUAGGUUCCCAUAAACCAGCUGAGAAGUAAAAUUUUCUAUUGCAGAGAGAAAGAGAGUUAGAGAAAGAGAGAGAGAGAGAGAGAGAGAGAGAGAUGAAACUUGUGCAAGAAGAAUACCGUAAAGGACCGUGGACAGAACAGGAGGACAUCCUCUUGGUCAACUUUGUCCACUUGUUCGGAGAUCGAAGAUGGGAUUUUGUAGCGAAAGUUUCAGGUUUGAAGGUGGAGGGAGAAACAUAAGAAUAGGUAUAGGUUUGUUUUGGAAAAAUGGGCGGUCUUUGGAAAGGACCUUCCAUUUAAAGAAAUGACCUGGUUUUGGUUGUAGGUUUAAACAGAACAGGAAAGAGUUGCAGGUUAAGGUGGGUUAAUUACCUGCAUCCUGGUCUCAAACGUGGUAAGAUGACUCCACAAGAAGAGCGUUUAGUCCUUGAGCUUCACGCCAAAUGGGGAAACAGGUGGUCAAAAAUUGCCCGGAAAUUACCGGGGAGAACAGAUAAUGAGAUAAAGAACUACUGGAGGACUCAUAUGAGGAAGAAGGCUCAAGAGAAGAAGCGACCUAUGUCUCCUACUUCCUCAUCUUCAAACUGUUGCUCAUCAUCUAUGACCACUACUACUAGUCAAGACACUGGAGGCUCCAACGGGAAAAUGAAUCAAGAAUGCGAAGACGGGUACUACUCCAUGGAUGACAUAUGGAGAGAGAUUGAUCAGUCUGGAGCAAACGUUAUUAAACCGGUAAAAGACAACUACUACUCAGAGCAAAGCUGUUACUUGAAUUUCCCUCCUCUGGCUUCUCCAACAUGGGAAAGUUCCUUGGAAUCUAUAUGGAACAUGGAUGCAGAUGAAAGUAAGAUGUCUUCUUUUGCUAUUGAUCAGUUUCCUCUAAGUUUUGAACAUGGUAGUGGUCGCCUUUAGUCUAGGAUUUGAUUCAUUUGGAAUGUUUAUAUGUGCAGCAUAUAUAUGUUAUCAAACGACGACUGUAGUAGUUUCCUAUGACUUACAUCAAAAAUCACCACCCACUGUACUAAUCUCAUAAGUAGUCAUCAUCUUAUGCCUUUGUUUAGUUUGUAGAGUGAGUGAAAAGAUGUGUAAUACAAGUCAGAACUCUAUUUCCAAAAUAAAUAGACUUUUGAAGUUUCUGUGAAAGUUUGUAAGAAAACAUAUAUAAUGAGUUAGAAAUUAAUGUUGAUCCAUCAGAAAGGCAUGGAUGAGAAAAGUCUUUGAGUAUUCAUUCAUUAUUAAAACCAUGAAGAGUGAAGGAAGAAAAAUGGAAUAAGCAAGUAACAACAUGCAUGAGUGAACAAGGCAUAUUCAUUUGCUAAAUAAUCAAGAGAAUAGGUUUGACUUGUAAAGCUUAAGCCAACUUUGUGAAAAAAGAAUGUAUUCUUCUACUUUAUCAUCUUAUUGAUCAAAUCGAGUAUGAUUUUUUUUCUGUUUAAGAAAUGAAUCCAUGAUAAAAGAUCAGUUCCCAC